AUGCUUGGGUCUUCAGUUUAAUAAAUUAAAAGGGAAUCUCCAGAAAAGUAACAGAAAAAUAACUAAAAAGUUAAAGAUCUUCAGAUAACUGACUUUGAAAAGGAUUAAAAGGAGCCUGUCUUCAGAAAAUAGGACAUUGACGUUCUCUACAUGGCUAAGUGUAUUGAUUCUGGUAUCCCAUUUUAUGAGGAAUAGAUGCAGAAAUUCCAAAAAUAUUGCGAGAAAGAGUCAUGCAACAGAAAAGUAUUCUUAAAUGAAAUGUUUCUUGGAAUUUAAACUUGCAAAGUUUUGAGUGAGAUUUUGCUGUCAACAGAUAGAAUCUCAAGUAUUAUAAUUAGUAGAAACAGAAUCGGUGAUGAAGGUGCAAAAAUAUUUGCAUAUGUAUUAAAGAAGACCAAUAAUUUAGCCAAACUUGAUAUUUCUUCGAAUGAGAUAUCAAAAUAAGGAACUGAAUAUUUAGCAGAUGCACUCUUACACAAUCAAUCUUUGGUUGACCUAUAAUUAUUCAGUCAUGAUGGUCUUCAUUCAAAUUAAAUAGGAGAAAUUGGAGCAAAAUGUUUUUCAUAAGUCUUAGCUAAAAAUAAAAUUUUAACUUUUCUAAAUCUUGGUGGCAACAAAAUAGGCAAUAAUGGACUUUCAUACUUAACAUUAUCAAUGAAUCCAAACGUGAAUAAUACACUCUAAUCAUUAAAUGUCAGCAAUGAUGAUAUAACUUAGGAAGGCUGUUAGUAUUUCUUAUAAUCACUUGUCCAUUCACAUUUAAUAGAAUUAGAUAUGAGCAAAAACUAACUUGGCUUAAAAGGUGCUGAGUAAUUUGGUGAGGUUUUAAAGCACAAUCAUCGUUUGAUAAGGCUAAACUUAAGUUAAUGUUAGAUCGGACCGAAAGGACUAUAAGAUAUAAUGAAUGGUUUGAAAAAGAACAAGUUCAUCACUCAUUUAAAUAUUUCAAGAAAUGACUUCAAAUUUGGUUUACCUCACAGUCUAUCAUCGAUAUUGAUGGUUAAUAAUAUAUUAUAAGAAUUAGAUCUUAGUUUUUGCAGUCUGGGAUCCAAUAUGAUGCUUGGAGUAACUGAUGGAUUAUUUUCUAAUAGUACGCUUAAAAAAUUGAAUUUAAGAGGGAAUCAAAUUGAAGAUCACCCAAUAGAAAUUUUGGGUCACAUUUUAGACAAUCCUAAGAAUAAGAUUACAUUUUUAGAUCUGAGUAUGAAUUUUAUAACUGAUUUUGGAGGAUUAGCAUUGGCUGAGGCACUUCAUACAAAUAGGUCACUAGAAUAUCUUAAUAUGAAGCUAAAUUAUCUUCAAGAUGAUUCUGCUUAGAAACUUAUUCAGGCUAUAAGAGGAAAUAACCUUGUAAUAAAAAAAAUUAAGCUAGAUAAUAAUUUUAUCUCUAUGAGAUUCAUAAUGAUGAUUGAUGAAUUGCUUUAAGAAAAUAUCAGAAGACAAGAGUUCAACAAAAUGCCAGAGUACGUUUAAACAAUCUUAAAUCUUCGCAUUUAAGCAUCUAGAAUAGUUCCAACAAGAAAACUUAUUGAUGAAACAGUUUAAGUUAAAGUCGAAGCUAAAAAAUAACUAGAAAACCAAAAAUAUAUCUAUUAAUCAUCAGAACAAGAGGAAUCAGCAAAGACUUAGAAGUUAAUUGAUAUUAAGGAAUUGCUAAAUUAAUAGUUAAUUGAAAUUGGGAGGAGAAUUGACUAAAUUGAAAAUUAAAAAUUCCUCAAAGUCAAAGAGCUUAAUGAAAUAGAAAGCAUGCAAAUUCUUAAAAACAGAGAGAUAAUUGGAUAAAAUUACAGAGCUGGUAUUGACCUUUAAGAAUUGAAAAAAGGUUUGGAAAAGACUCAAAUAGAAAAUUAAAAGUUAGUUGAAUAACUUAAGAAAGAUCUUUUUCUUCUUAAUGAGAAAGAAGAAGAUAUUCUAUUCAGAAUAAAGGGGUUUUAAAGCAGAAUUGAACUUGAAAAAGCAGCUUAAUAAGAAGCAGCGAAGGAGGAAGAUAAUAAUUAAAUUAUGCAGUCAUAAUCCAAAAAGAGGAAGAGUAUGGCAAGCAAUCCAAAAACCCCUCGAUCACCAACUAAAAAUGAAGAUUAGAAUUUUCAAAAGCAAGCAGCAAUUGUAAAAAGAAGAUCAACUCUUAAAAAUAAGAAAUGA